AUGUGCCUUGAAAUGAACAAUCAAAUUGAUGAUGUCCAAAAAGAAAUUUUAUCAAUUAAAGAACAAGAAAAAAUUAAUAAUAGUUUGUUAGAAUUUAUACAAAUAUCUGAAAUAAUGAGCAUACAAAAUAAUCACGAGUAUCCAAAAUAA